UCAUUUGAGUUGGCUUAUAAUACUGCUUGCUCUUUGAUGGAAAACAAUAACUAUGCUGAUGCAGAACAGCAUGUGCUCACUGCCCGAAGAUAGCCAAGACAAGGAAGACGGUGGCUAUGGCAUUGGAGGGUUUGAAGAUCAAACCAACUAGUUCUUUUGAGUUGGCUUAUAAUUCUGCUUGCUCUUUGACUGAAAUCAAUAACUAUGCUGAUGCAGAACAACUUCUUCUCACUGGCAGGAGGUUUAUAAUCUCACUUUAUUUAAGAGAUCUAAGCCUAAUUAUGUAGGAUUGCUCAUUAUUUAUGUCUCCUAAGCCAUUGUUUCUACUAGUGAUUUCUGAAGAGGUUCUUUUUGACACGGGUAAAUUAGUUGUUAGCACUGUUUUGACUCAAGUUCUCAUUGCAACCGAUGUCAUUGCAAGAGGUUUUGACCAAAAGCAGGUGAAUUUGGUUGUCAAUUAUAAUCUUCCCUGUACUUAUAACACCGAGGAGCCAAAUUAUGAGGUUUACCUUCACAGAGUGGGAAGGGCUGGCCGGUUUGGCGGUAAAGGAGCGGUAUUCAAUCUGUUGUUAGAUGAUGGGUGGGAUAAAGAAGCGAUGGAGAAGAUCGAGAAGUACUUUGGAGCAAAUGUAAAAGAGAUAACCACUUGGAACUCAGAGGAAGAGUACAAAGCCGCUCUCAAGGAAGCUGGAAAUAUGUAA